AGUAAGGACACGAUGGAGAGGUUAUCUUGCUCGUUCGAGGGCAUAAAUGUAAAAUACAAACUCGCAACCAGAGUUAUUUUUUACCCUUUGUACUGCUGUUACUCUGUUCGGUCUGCAUCUUUCACGCCCCCCAUUUUUACCUUUCCUUAUGGAACUUCUCGCCGGCAACUGUCGGAAACGACCCGCCGAUGACUUCGCCGAGGAUGUCGACCCGUUCGGUAGCUCCGAGUGGAUGUACGGAAGCCGUUCACUGAGGACUCAGGGAAACGACGACGCUUUGGCCACGCUCGCAGACUUGGCGCCGCCUCCUCAGAAACUGAAACCCAUCAGGUGCGUCGUCAAGCCUCCUUCUGAGGAUCGACAACAUCCUCUUGAUAUCCUCGCCGGAAGUCUAGACAGGCUGCCGCCGGAGAUGGGGUUUCUCGGAGACGGCGGCUGUUUUGAGGCUCCUUUGGGUUCGAAGAUUGCUGAUGUGGAGGAGAGCGGUCAAUUGACUCGUGGGUUUUCGAAGGAUGAGGUUGAAAUGGAGGUUCGAGGUCGAGUCUCUAGACGUGAUGGUGUGUCUCUGAGCUCGUCUGCUGAUAGCGAUAGCGACUCUUCCCAGGGCGGACGCAAGGCUAAAAGAAAGCGGAAAACGAGGGAAAAGAUGGAGCAUUUCGUGGAGAAGCUGGUUGGGAGUAUGAUGAAGCGGCAAGAGAAGAUGCAUAACCAACUGAUCAAAGUGAUGGAGAAGAUGGAGCACGAGAGAAUACGCAGCGAGGAAGCUUGGAGGCAACAAGAUAUAGAGAGGAUGAAACAGAACGUAGAGGCACGGAUGCGAGAGAUGUCACGCAGCUCGUCUAUCAUCUCCUUCAUCAAAAGUGUUAUCGGUGAAGAAGAAGAUAUCGAGAUGCCAAACCUCACUAUUCCCCUUCCCAAACAAUGCGAAUCGGCUCAUCAGAGACAAGGAGAUGAUGUGAAGUUUGUGUUUCCAAGCGGAAGAAGGUGGCCGCAUGAGGAAGUGCAGGCGUUGAUAGAUAGCAGAAGCCAAGUGGAAGAGAAGACAGGGUUCCACAGGGUUGCGAUAUGGGAUGACGUAUCAGCGAAAAUGAAGGAAAGAGGGUAUGAGAGAUCUGCUAAGAAAUGUAAGGAGAAGUGGGAGAACAUGAACAAGUACUACAAGAGAGUUGUGGAAGGUAAGAAGACGCAACCUGAGCACAGCAAGACUCGCUCUUACUUUGAGAAACUAGGGAAGCUUUACAAGACCAACUCAGUAGUAGACAAGGAAGAGUGAGUGAGGGGGGUUCGAGUGUAAGAUUAAGAUUACGUUUUUUUUCUUGUCAGGGUUUAAAUUUGAUUUUUGGUGUAGUUAAAUAAACCAAACCUACGACUUUGUAUUUGUAUGAUGUUGAGUUUUAGAAGGUUCGAAAUAAAGACAAAAAAACGUUGUUGGUGA